AUGGCGCAACCUUCAAUUCAGGAUUAUGAGCGAGUACAGUCAUAUUCUUUCCAUACAGAUCCUGAAUUUGCCAAUGGUCUCUCAAUCAUACUCGGUCACCCCGAUACCCCCGCCACCGAGGCGGAGAUGAAUCGAGAUGACGACCUGGUUUUACAAGCAAAGUGUUUCUUUUUCUCGCGAAAAGAAAAGCUUACCCCAGCAAUUGACUUUGCGGCCUUUAAGUCAUGGUUGGCGUCACAGUCAAUGGAAAAGUCCCAGAUUCCAGAUAGCCUAAAAAGCUCAUCGCAGGUAUCUGCUGGCACAUCCACGGAACAGGACGGGGCGAGUUCAACGAAUGCAGAGCCCGCUUAUCCGUCUUCGUUUGCGCAUAUCGUGGAACUGAUCACUACCGGACAACCAAUCCCUGGAAUUCAGGACAUACCUGAUACAGUGUUGACUGGGCAUGAUAUAUCGAGCGAGAAACCUCGACGGCGAAAACCCUGGGAGAAGGAGGACCUGGAAACUGCUUCCAGUGAGGCUGCAGCUGGUGUUCCUUGA